AGGUCACCAGGGUCAACCAAGAGAUUACGGAGUACAAGAUGUCGCUGAUGUAGACAAAGUGUGGAGGAUGAUGAUGGAUCAAAGGUUUGCUGAAGGUGGCAGUGUGGUUGAUGAGCUCGAAGUUUCGAUGGUCCCUUUCACUCCUGCUGAACCCGGCUCGCUGGCCAGUGGCCACACCCACUCUCUGCGGCCUCGGUUAGUGGGGAUUUGGGCUUCUCGCGCAGUUUUCGACGAGUCCAGCCCUCGCCGUCCUCCUUCCACCUACCACUUAGCAUCAGCCACCCGAUCGAGAAGGCGUUAUUAUCCACACGAACGUGAAUGAUUCCUGAAACAGCCUGCAUCCGCCGAAAGCUAUCCCUGGGCCCCUGCAGCCAACAAUGGCAAAUCAAUGUGUCCAGGAAGUUUUGAUGGCCCAAGAUAACAUUGCAAGCACCACAAAGAUGGAAAGUUGGCGAAACGCAAUGCUUGAGAACAAUCUUUCAUGCCUGCUGGAGCGGAGACACAUUUGGCCAGUACACUAAGGAGAGGCUUCAUUUGGUAUCCUCCAUUCGAUCCUCGUGUGUCCAUGGAAUAGAACUUUCCACAUGGCAGUUCAGUGACGAAGGCUCUCGCUCAUGGUCGAACAGUGGUCCACGUGGUGCACAUCUUCCCUUACACGAGGUCUAUCCGCAGUCCAACUCUUCCCUAGAUGCAGCAUAGCAAACACUUAGGGGACAAUCAUCAUCGGCUACUGCUCAGAGCUGUUUUUCCUGCAUUUGAGAUCAGCUCGCCACAAACGCUGAUCUGGCACACUUUUGCUUGAUUGGCUAUACACAUCCAGGGCUGAGUGGGAUGGAGGUCAGCUUCUAUGCAGCUCCCAUCAAUCAUGAAGCUUUGGGGACCUGCAAUACGAGCUUCGAUUCAAUUCAAGCCUUGGCCGUUUCCUCUGAUCCCCAAAGCACGCACGGAACAGAUGCAGCUCGGCUGCAUUGGGAAGCUGCAGCCCUCACCGAUCAUAUCCCCGCACACUUUGGUGUACCCGGUUCAAAGGAACGCCCAAUGAGGCGGUGUCCGUUUCCAGCUCUACCCAAUGCCAUUCUACUCGGGUUCUUGUUCGGGCUUUGCCAACCUCCAAAGGCACGGGAGAUGAGGCCAUCACCUCGAUGGGAUCGGCGUCCCCGCGAAGAUCAUGAAUGCUUAGCCACAGUCUCCGUAUGUAAGGUUCGACUUGUGGCUGGUGAAAGAAUCUACUCAGCUCAACACGUGAGGCGCAAGUUGCCUUUCCUGGAUGUUCCAGCUUGACAAGCAACAAUCUUGCUCAUGGAAUGGAGCUUUGCGAGAUUAGGGCAGCGGAACACCCUCUCUUCUCGCCGGCCAAGUGGACCAAGGGGCAGAGGGUGCCGAUACGAUCAGUGGACAAAAGUACAGGGGGCCCCCUUAUAUAUUGCUUAGUGAAGUGGCUUACAGAAGCGAGUGAAUUUUUCCGGCGCCUCGCGAAUGGUUCCGGCGCCAUGGUGGAUGGGAGGUAAGCUCGGUACAUACCGUGAUCUCGAGGGACUUGGCCCCUGGCCUUUGUGUCCUAAUACUUUUAUCUAUUCACGAGGCUGAGGGUCCGGUGC